UGUUAGUUUAACAGCUUUCUAACUUCCUCUCUACUCAGCUCUUUUGUUUAUAGAUACGGUGUAAUUUGUCGGCGGCAGACUUUGGCACUUCAUGUUUUAGUAAAAUUAAAUUAAUCAUGGCCACGUCUAAAAGGCAUUUUCAUAUAUUUUACAUAUUAAUACUUUUUGCUAUUCAACCCUUCACUGAAUGUGUUGAUAGAAGCUUAUUCAAGACAUGUGAACAAAGUGGAUUUUGCAAGCGGCAUCGCUCUACUGAACCUCGACAGUCUCCUUAUUAUCUGGAAAUGAGCAGCUUCAAAAUUUAUCCUACUCGUAUAGAAGGGGUCAUUAUAAAUUCCCAGAAUGGUGUGAUGCUGAAAUUAGAUUUAAUAGCUUUGAAAAAUAAUAUGCUAAACUUCAAAAUUUCAGAAUCGAAUCCUAUAAGACCUAGAUAUGAAGCUCGUGAAUCCUUAGUGAGCGAACCAGAAGAAUCAAAUCUUGAAGUUUUAUCUCAAGAUUCAGAAAAAAUUGUGGUUGGAUUUGGCCCCAAUAAAGCUGUUUUAAAUGGAAGCCCAUUUAGAAUUGAUAUAUAUUCUGGUGAUAUCUUGCUUCUGAGUGCCAAUGCAAGAGGUCUCAUGAAAUUUGAACAUUACAGACCAAAAAAUAAAGGGAAACCAGAAGGUGAAGAAGAUCAAAAUGAAAUGCAGCAACAGCCACUUCUUUCUCAAGAUGAAGAACAAUUCAAAGAAACACUAUGGGAAGAGACUUUUAAAGGACACACAGAUACUAAACCAAAUGGCCCUGCAUCUGUUGGAAUGGACUUUUCAUUUGUUGGUUUUGAACAUGUCUAUGGUAUUCCAGAGCAUGCAGAUGUAUUUCCUUUAAAAACUACAAAGGGAGCAUCUGACCCAUACCGUUUAUUCAACUUGGAUGUCUUUGAAUAUGAAUUAAAUAAUCCAAUGGCUUUAUAUGCAUCAAUACCUUUUAUGGUUGCUCAUAGUGAAACAAACACUAUGGGGCUAUUUUGGCUUAAUGCUGCUGAAACUUGGGUUGAUAUUGAAGCACCUUCAAAUCAAGGAGUUGUUUCUUCCAUUGUUGAAUUUGUCAAAGGCAGCUCGCAGAUUCCACAAAGAGAUACUCAUUGGUUUUCUGAAAGUGGCCUUAUUAAUGUCUUUGUCUUACUUGGUCCUACUCCUAAAGAUGUUAUGUUCCAAUAUUCUAAACUGACUGGCACAACACCACUGCCUCCAUUGUUUUCUUUGGGAUACCAUCAAUCUCGUUGGAACUAUCGAGAUCAAGAUGAUGUUAGACAAGUCGAUGCUGCAUUUGAUGAACAUGACAUUCCAUAUGAUGUACUUUGGCUUGACUUGGAUCAUACUCAUGAUAGAAAGUACUUCACAUGGGAACCUUUCAAAUUUUCUGAUCCUAUUGGCAUGAUAAACAAUUUAACCACAAAAGGAAGAAAAAUGGUUACUCUUGUGGAUCCUCACAUCAAAAGAGAUGGUGGUUACUAUAUUCACAAAGAAGCAACAGACAAAGGUUACUAUGUCAAGAAUAGAGAUAACAAUGAUUAUGAUGGGUGGUGUUGGCCUGGAUCAUCAGGUUAUUUGGACUUUUUGAGCCCAGAAGUUCGUGAUUGGUGGGCUUCAAAAUUUGGUUUGGACCAAUAUCACGGAUCCACACUUGCACUAUACACUUGGAAUGACAUGAAUGAGCCAUCUGUGUUCAAUGGACCUGAAGUUACAAUGGAACGAGAUUGCAAGCAUGUUGGUGGUUGGGAACAUAGAGAUGUGCACAAUAUUUAUGGCAUGCUUAUGGUUAUGUCUACAUACAAAGGGCAUUUAAUGAGAAGUAAUGGAGCUCAAAGGCCAUUUAUUCUCACCAGAUCUGCUUUUGCUGGUUCUCAAAGAUUUGGAGCCAUAUGGACUGGUGAUAAUAUUGCUGAAUGGGAACACUUACAAAUGAGUAUACCUAUGAUCCUUAGUUUAAGCUUAUGUGGUAUGUCUCAUUCUGGAGCUGAUGUUGGUGGCUUUUUCAGAAAUCCUUCACCUGAACUUAAUAUGCGAUGGUAUCAGGCUGGAGCAUUUCAACCCUUUUUCAGAGCUCACUCUCACCAUGAAACAAGACGUCGAGAACCAUGGCUCUUUGAUGACAAUUUCAAGAAUCUGAUUCGAGAAGCUAUUCGUAUCCGAUAUUCAUACAUACCAUAUUGGUAUACUUUAUUUUAUGAAAAUGAAUUAAAUGGUGUACCUCCCAUGCGACCAAUUUGGAUGGAAUUCCCCACAGAACGAGCAACAUUUGAUUUGAGUGAUGAAUACAUGAUAGGAAAUGCUUUACUUGUUAGGCCAGUGAUGCAAGCUGAUGUUAUCAGCAUAAAUAUGUAUUUCCCUGGAACAGGCGAGGUUUGGUAUGAUUUCAUGACACAUCAACAGCAUGAGGGUGGACAAAUGUUAACAAUUCCCGUUACACUAGACAAGAUACCAGUGUUCCAGAGAGGUGGCACCAUAAUACCAAAAAAAGGAAGAAUUCGUCGCAGCACAUCUCUCACAUAUAAUGAUCCAUACACACUUGAAAUUGCUUUAGACAAAACUGGCUCUCAUGCUAAUGGAACAUUAUUCAUUGAUGACUUUAACUCAUUCGAAUAUCGUAAAGGAAACUAUUUGCUACUUAAAUUUACUUAUGAUAAAAAUUCUAUAACAUCAAAGAUUAUAGGUGGUCCUGGCAAAUUCAAAACAAAUGCCUGGUUAGAAAAAAUUAUUGUGAUAGGCUUACAAAAGCCACCAAAAUCUUUAACACUUUCUAGUAAAAGUAUUAAAAAUAAUGAACUUUUAUUUACAUUUGAUGAAGCUAAACAAAAGUUAGUAAUUAGGAAACCUGGAGUGAAUAUGGGUGAAGAAUGGAAGAUAACCUUUUAGAUCAAUUCAAGAUGUCUCUGGAGGUGCUUGGUGCCACUUGCAUCAAAAUAUCAUUGGUAUACAUUAUCUUUGAAUACAAUUGAAGCAUCCUAUUUAAAGUCUCAUUAACACUUUGCAGUGCUUACAAAAUUGAUGAACUAUUAUAUAUUUUUUAUUUUGAUGGGUUUUAUCUUAAAUUUAGAAGUUGGUUUUUCUUUAAUUGAGUUGUUUGGAAGAAUUAUUCCACCACAUGGAGGCAGUUCCAAAUUAUAAAUAAUAUUUUAGCAUUUUUUGGCUGAUAUUUAUUAUUAAAUGGCAGAUAAGUAAUUUUUUGGAAUCAACAUUAAUAAGUUUGCAGAUGUGCAUUUUACAGUCACUAUAGGUAUAAAGGAACGCAAGUGUGUCUAUUAUUAAUUUAAGAACUAUUUCAAUUUGAAAGAUCUAGUGUUAGUUUUAUUUUUAAUUAUCAACAAAAAUUUUAUUUCUAUUUGUACUGUUUAUUCGUAUCUAAAUUAUAUUGCAUUCUUUUCUCGAAAUUUUGGUCCUUUAAGAUGAGUUUUUUUGAGUAAGUCAUUUGUCAUUUAAUUAAUAUGCUAUUUGUUAUUCCAUUCUCACUUAUUGAAAAAAAAUUUUAUCUUAAUACUUUUUUCUCCUUUAUAAAAAUAAAAGUAUAAGAUUAAUAGUAUUUAAUUUUGUUCAGAAAGAAGACAGAGGUUUUAGGAACAUUUUAAAUUUUACAUAAUGAUCUUGAAUUCCCCCCCCCCUAGUUUUCUUAUCUGCAGUUUAUAAUUAUUCUUUACUGUGAAUUUCUUUUCAAAUCCACAUCCCAGAUAGUUUAAAAUUUUGUUCCUUCAGUUAUAUUAAUUAUUGUAUUAUUAUCAUAAUCAUUACAUAUUUAACACUGUAUAUGUUUUGAUUUUCAGACUAGAAUUGAAAUAAAAUUAGUUUUAAUAAAAUGUUGGCAAUUUUCAAAACAUUGUAUCAUAUCUUUGUAAUCCAAAAAGUUAGCUUUAUUAUGCAAUAAGGACCAAUUGAAAAAAAUAUUUUGCAAUAUAGUUGUUUUUUCUAAACGAUACAAGAAAUAAUAUUAGAACUGUAAUUACCUCUUGAUAUCUAGCAUUCUAAAAAAUCUAUUUAAAAUGUAUAACGAUUGUUACUGGAUUAUAAAUAACAGAAUAUAUGCAAACAGGUAUAAUUCUGGCUUGUAAUUUAAAAUUUAUAAAACUGACAGUGAUUCCUAAUUGCAUAACUGUGACCAAGUAAUUGUCUUGCUUACCUGCAUAUUGCUUGCAAUUCUUCAUGGAAGUAUUUGUAUUUUAAGAAAUCAUCAAAAAGAAAAAAAAAUCUAUAAUUUACUUCCUAAAAAGCAGAUCUAUUCCCUCUUUAAUUUGAUUGUUAUCAAUAUUUUUAUAUUACUCUUUGGUUUUUUUCAUAUUUAAUUGUUUAUUUUAAUCCAAAUUUUAUGCAAUAGAUGUUAUUUAGGUUUUAACUAAUGUCCACUUUAAUUAUAAUAAGCAUUAGUAUUAUAAUCUUUUUAUAAAUCUUUUCAAAUUCAGUACAUGAAUCGGUUCUUUAAAUACUCUGCCAUAAUUUAUUAAUUAUUGAAAACUUCCAUUUUAUCUAGCAAACUUAAAAUAGAAAGUAAUUUGAUUUUAUGAGACAUGUAAUCGAUUAUACUGAGUCAAUAAAUUAAUCAAACAAAUAUUAUUAAUGAAUAUGCAGAUUUUUUUAAGAGUUCAUAUAUUUAGAUUAUUUUAUAAUUGUUUUUUACAGUUCUUGACUAACAAAAGGCAAAAACAGUUCUAAUUUAAAAGUUCCUGAAAUGUGUGGUUUUUCCAUUUUUCAUUUCUUUCAUACUGUCGUUUUGAACUGCUGACGCAUGUUCUUUAAUGGAUGAAAUUUCCGGUGAUCUACAAUGGCAGCAUUAAUUCCCAAAACUGAUAGUGCAGUUUGUUUUUCAAGCUGUAGGAAUGGGAAAUUUAUGUGCCUUCAGCGACUUGUUCUGUGUUUGUUUUUGUUCUCAUUAGAUUAGUUCAAUAUUUCAGACAUACUUAAUUUUAGAUAAUUGUCAACCUUAAAGCUAAGAAUGAAACGAAGUUUUAUUCUUAAUAUUAAGGCUUAGAAAGCAAUCUUAUCUGUAAUUCCUUACGUGUAUCUCUUCUGCUGUAAUUAUUGUUCAAUGUGGCACCUUAUGCUUUAAACUUGAGGUGUUUGUGCCGUUAAUGUGUGUUGAAUGAUAAGACCGGUGAAUAUUUUCUUUAUCAUCAUAUCACAUUGCCUCCACACAUGAUGAAUUUCUUUACAAUCUACAGAAGCUUCCUUGAAAAAUUUGUAAAUUAAAUUAAAAUUUUCAAAACUAUUAUUAGUAAAACCUUUUUUUGAAAUUGUCAGCUGUAACUUUGUACACUACAUAGGAAAUUCACACAGAGAAUAAAUAUUUAUUAUAUUAUAAAAAUAAAUAAAUAUUUCAAAUAAUUAAUUAAGAUUAUUUGGUAAAUCAUUAUUUGACAAUAUAAAUUGAGUGAUACCAAAUUUCAUUCCUGAAGUUUUGCAUCAUAUUCAUGAUGAGCAGCGAGCCAUAAGUGCUCUUGCUAAAAAUUUUAUAUAGAAUCAUGUAUGUUAUUAUUUCAAAGCAGAUAUUUAAUCUAUCAAAUAUAUUUUGUAAAUAAUUUAUCUGAACAAAAUUAUCCUCUUUCUGAACAAAAUUAUCCCUCUCCCCCUAAUUACAAUGGAAAUAGCAAUAUGAACUCAUCUUUAUGUUUUGGUGUAAUUUACUACUAAACCAUCUUGUUGCUAUGAAUUAGUGUAUAUGUUUCUUGCUGGUUUUAAUAGUGUUAUGUUUUUGUAAUCAGAAUUCAAGUUAAAUAUUUGAUUAUUAGUUGACUUUAUAUGAUUAUUCAUCAACUACAAAAAUUGAAACUUUUUUUCCGAAUUUUAAUUUUUUCUGUUUAUAUAAUGUUUGAAUUCGAGUUUGGUGAAUAACUUUAAAUGUUCAAACGUCAACUAUGUGCAAUAUUUAACCUUUUAUUUCCUGGAGAAAAAAAAAAAUUGUCAUUCCUUGCAUUUAAUGCAUUUUAAAAAAGUCAUAAAAUGCAAAUAAAAUCUCAGUUUAAAAAAUUUAAUGUAAUAUCAAUGUCAUGAUUGCAAGAGUUAGUUGUGCUACAUUAUGAAAAAUAUUUCAUAAAUAUAAUUCUGAUAUUAAUUCUUGUUUGGAAAUUUGAAACUGGAAAAAAAAGAUAUUUGUAUCUAAAUUCAUUUGCAGUUAAAAAAUAUCAGCACUGAAUAAAAUAUUUUUUCAUAUGUGGAUUCAUUUCA